AAAUAAAAUAAAAAUAAAAAUAAAACAAACAAACAACUCACCUUCCCUCCCCUCUGUCCAUAAUAAUAUCGUACUAUCAUCACCACCAUUAAUAUUGUCUCUUUACUCCUUCAGUAGUAUGCUCAUCUCUAUCUCCCUCCCCACCAAUCUCUCUGCAAACAAAUUAAAUCCUCCAUCUCCUCAAACCAGAAGCAUGGCAGUACAACAAUCAAAGAAUAAUAAUAAUAAGAAGAAGAAGUUCAGAGGUGUCAGGCAGCGUCAGUGGGGCUCCUGGGUCUCCGAAAUCCGCCACCCUUUACUGAAGCGGAGGGUGUGGCUGGGGACGUUCGAGACGGCGGAGGCGGCGGCGAGGGCGUACGACCAGGCCGCCGUCCUGAUGAGCGGACACAAUGCCAAGACCAAUUUUCCCGCCACCGCCACGUCGGCGAGCAGCAGCAAGACGCUGGGGGAGGUUCUGAACGCGAAGCUGCGGAAGUGCUGCGGCAAGGGCCCGUCCCCCAGCUCGCUCACGUGCCUCAGGCUGGACUCCGAAGACAGCGCCCACAUUGGGGUCUGGCAGAAGCGGGCCGGGGCCCGGCCCACAUCCAGCUGGGUCAUGCGCGUCCGUUUGGGCUCCGGUCCUACUCCUGCUGUCGUUGGGCCUGCUGCGGACAAUGCUGCUCCGGACGGUGGCGGUGAGGAUGGGCCUGCUGCUUCGUCGUCGACGUCUACGACGACGACGGCGGAUCAGGGUGAGGGGAUGUCGCCGCCGGCGAGCGGGGGAGAGAAGGAGGCGGAGGAGAACAGAGUGGCUAUGCAAAUGAUAGAGGAGCUCCUUAACUGGAACUGAUUAUGGUGUGUACUUUCGCUUUCAGGUGGGGUUGCUACUCCUCGUCUCGUCGUACGUCGUCGUUCAUCUUUCCCUCUCUUUAUUGUUACGUACAAAUAAAUCCAUAAAUUGUAAACGGACAGAUAUUAUAGCAUAUACAUAUAGAUCCACUUUUAGGUUUCUUUUCAUCUUUGGAAGAAGAAAAAAAAAUCUGAACUGAUGCUACGAUUGGG